AAAAACCGAAGCUUUGCAAAGCGCGGACUGCCGCCGAAAAGACGAGUCGUGUUCUUCACCGAGUGCGCCACACAGAAAGGUGAACAAAUUAGAAGAAAAGAAGAAAAUUUUAAUUGUCCAUUUUGGAUGGACGUUUUUUUUUUGCUGUUUGAAGAGAAAGACUUUAUUUUUGCAGUAGGCCAUUUUUGCAUUGCAAAGUUGUUUCAAAAGAAUCAUACUAGGCCAAUGAACUGAAAUUUUAUUCUAAAUUUGCGGAAAAGAAAUAAAAAAUCGCGGAAUUUUUCACGCUUGCUUCGUGGCCGUGAAAAAAAGGCGGACGUGUGCGUGUGUGUGUGUGGGAAGUCGCCCCUAGAGUUUGAAAAGUGAGUAUUUUCCCAAAAGUGCCGGAAGAAAAAUCCCGAAACCGCCAUGGCUGCUGUUUCGUGCAAAUAGCACAGCACAAAAGUUGGCUUUGCCUUUUUGGUUUCCUCUUUUGCUCGUACUUUGACGGCCGGUGCCCCAGUGUGCGCGAGUGUGAGUGAGAGUGGCACGACCCCCAAGCAGUUGGGCUGUGAAAGGAUCCCGGCGGAAAGAAUAGUCGAAACACGGAAAAGAUCGCACCCCAAGAUUGCUGAAACAAAUGCUGACCAACGACGUCUGACUGGUGCACGCGGGAUUCCUCGAAGGCUUUCGGUGUGCGAACAGCCAAGUUAUGUACACAGUUCAGUCGAAACACAAACAGCAACAGCAUGUAGCAGGACAGCAUCAGCAGCAGCAGCAGCAGCAGCAGGGUGGCAAAGUUAGGUUAACCAAUAUGGAACAACACAACAAAAAGACUGGUGAGGCGUAUGGACUGAAUGGCGGCGGCGGCGUCAGCGGAAGCGCAAGUACAAAUCAAAUGGCUAGUUACGGUGGCGGCAGCGGCAGCCGGAAACCCUCGGUCGGCUCGGAUCUGUCCAGCGAGGACUACGAGGAGGUGAAGCCGGACAUCAAGGUCAGCUCGCACCUGCUGGACCAUGGGUACGGGUUCGGCGUUACGCCGCAGUACCAACAGCAGCAGCAGCAGCAGCCGAGCCAUCAACACCACCACCACAACCGUAGUAGUGGCGGCGGCGGUAGCAAUAGUUAUAGCAGUAGUAGUCAACAACACAGUAGUAGUUAUCACCACCAUCACAGCCCGUCGGUGACGGCGGGAGGUUCGCCGGCGGCGGCGUCCUCGUCGUCUUCGCACCACAGCAGCCGGAGCAAACCGACGACGCCCAGUCGGACCCCCGGCAGCCAACAGCACAAAAGUGCCAGCGGGGACCCGCAGAUUACCAACUACUUCAAGGCCGUUAAACGCAGACCGCAGUCCAGCCUGUCGCCGACGCCGACCAAAAUGGCCAAACACUCGGCGGCGUCCUCCGCCGGCAGUGCGACGAAAGCCCAGCCCAGCUCGACCUGCUCCACGCCGACGUCUUCGGUGUCGUCGUCGUCGUCCAAGAAGCGGUACUCGGAGGGAACGAGGUACGACACCUCGCUCGGGCUGCUGACGAAAAAGUUCAUCGACCUGCUGAAGGAGUCGCCGGAAGGCGUCGUCGACCUGAACAUCGCCUCCACCAAGCUGAACGUACAAAAGCGCCGCAUCUACGACAUCACGAACGUGCUCGAGGGCAUCGGCAUCCUGGAGAAAAAGUCCAAAAACAACAUCCAGUGGAAGCUCGGCAACUCGCUGUGCAAUAUCGAGAAGAACGACCGGAUACAGCGCGACCGGUACCUGCUCGAGCAGAAGGAGAACCUGCUCGACCGGUUGAUCGUGGAGAUGCGCAGCACGACGGAGACGGACAUGCAGGCGAACAAGCAUGCGUACGUCACCUGCCAGGACCUGAACUCGAUCGACCUGUUCAAGGAGCAGAUCAUCGUGGUGAUCAAGGCCCCACCGGAGGCUAAAUUGGUGCUACCCGACGUGCAACAGCCGCGGGAAAUCUUCCUCAAGUCGGAAAAGGGCGAGAUCGACGUGUUUCUGUGUCCGGAAUCUUCGGAGAACUCGCCGAACGGCGGCUUCAGCAGUGCAAGCUACGCGGGUAGCUUACCUGGCGGCAGCAGUUCAUUCGGCGGCAAGGGCAGCAGCAGGUCUGGGCCCGACCCGCUGCUGGAGGACAUCGUGCCGCUGUUGUCACCGUUCAGCGAAAAGCUGUUCAGUCCCCGGAACAAACUCAGAGGAGGCUUGACGAAGGCGUACAGCACGGCGCAGCGCAAUCUGAACAAGACGCUGUUCGGUGAAUCCGCCGGGGACGUGACCGGCGUCAAGGUGGAACCCGAGCCCAAUGUGCUGGACUCGUUGGCCGCCGCCGAACAAUCCUCGGCCCCGAUGUCCGUGCUAACUCAGAAGACGCUGGACCUGCUGGAAGUGUCCUCCCCCACGCCAUCGGCCAAAGCCAGCCUCGAUUUCUUCUCCGUCGCCACCAUCAAGCAGGAACGGUUAGACCCGACCGACCAGAUGGACACGGUGGCCGCCACCGUGGCCCGGUUGCUCCCCAAGUUGAGUCCGGAAAUGGUGGUCGCGAAGCUGACGGAGCAAACGCUGAACGGUGGCGCCGCGGACGGCAACUCGUCGUCGGCGUCCUCGCUCAAGGGACUCAGUGCAAAGUCGACGCCGGUGAACGUGCGCGAGCGGAACGCCAUGAUGGCCGUGUUCGGCAACUGCAGUCCCUUCAACCUGUCCGAAGUGCCCGAGAUGGACGCGUUCAUGCCGCUGGAACCGCUGGACAACGACUACAACUUCUCGCUGGACCACACCGAGGGCGUCUUCGAGCUGUUUGAUUUUAACUUUUAGUUUAAAGUUUACACGAGAGACGGUGAGAGAGAAGAUGCUAACAUAUGUGUAUAUACAACACCAUUUAUAUAUGCGAAUGCGCGUUUAUAUUUUUAUUUCCAUUAUUUUUACUGUAAAUUUAGCAAGUUUCGGUUUGUUUUUUUUUUGGGCGCCACGAAAGACCUCUUCUCCUCCGAUGCAGCAGCAGCCUUCCCUUUUUUUCGUUUCGAAUUGAAUGCUCAGAUUGGUAAGCAACAAAAUUUAUAAACCCGCAAUUUUUGUGAUUUUUUUCGCGUAAUUAUCCUUAAAGAGAGAGAGAGAGAAAAGUUAUAGGUUUGAGUCGAGAAAGCCGCAUCGCAACGUUAUUUUGUUUGUUUCGGGGUUGGAUGCUGGCGGGCCAGAAGUUUGUGUGUUGUAAACUAAAAGAGAAAGAAGAUGGCAAGAACAAAGCAAAGGCAAUUGGUCUCAGUGGUGUUAGGACAGAUGGUAGCGAGUAUCUGAACGGUUGAGAAAGGAACAAUCCAAGUUACAUUAAGAUUGUUUUAACAAAUAUUGCUAUUAAUUGGUAAUUAGUUAUAUUUUUUUGUAAAUAUUACAAUGUAAAUUAUUUAAACAGAGAGGAAAAAAACAUCAAAACUGAAACGACGUGAGUUAGGCUCUUUUCCAAGUGGGAAAGGAACGAGAGUAACUGCAAAUGCGAAAGGCGGCCGAAUUUAUCUCGAGAGAAUCUAUAGUGACCUGACCAUACUUCUCCAAACUCUGAGCAAAACCCCCCGCCGUACGAACGAGUACGUCAAUGCGCUUAUGAUUAUCAACACAACAAAAAAUGUGGGGGGCAAUGGUUCUGGAGUUUCAGGAGACGGGGUUUCACCCUCAGAUCACCGCAUAAAAGGAAUAAUAAAAAGAAAACUAGCCUUUAAAAGCAGCAAACAAAUUACAAAAAUUGCAUCUAGAACUGCAAGUACAGUCGUACUAAAACUGGUAACAAUAUGCACACUAAACAAAUUAUAGUGGAUCAGAGAACGCCGCACCACAAAGCCGUUCUCUAGAUUUUAAGCAGAAAUUCUUAAUUUAUACAUAUAUUUUUAAUAGGGUCGACUAAAGUUAAAGUGAACACAAAACAGAAAAGAACUCGGCAAAACUAUCCAGCAGACAUUACAAAUGGGUAAAACAAACAAACAAAUUGUAGCGAAUAGAAUAUGUGCAAAACAAACAAACAAAAAACCUAGGAGAGAACUUUUCGAGUGAACAAACGUAAGCAAAUUUUAUUAUUCACUGCGACUUAUUUAUUGAUUGAUUUUUUUUUUAAACUGCGAUUCCCUGCCGAGGAAAGCUUCUUACCCAGGAAGAUAAAAAAAAAUAUACGCUUGUUAGUUUUUCCCCCAUUGCCAAUUGAAUCAUUAUUACAGCACAUGGAAGGUGAAAAGAAUAAACAAAAAUUAUCGAUAAUUUCAGCAAAAAUGCCGCAAAAGGCUAGCAAAUUGCUCGGUUGUUCUUUACAUUUUGUUAGUUGAAUCAUCAUAAAAAGAAACGAACCUCACAAGCCAUGAUCAGCAAACUUCAAUUCCAUUUUUACCUAAAUCAACGUGCGGUGCGCGGGCGCGCGCUCUCUUCUUGUUAAAUUUAGUUUGUAAUCGUGACUGCGCGCGCUCCUCCCGCAGAUGAUUUCUCCCUCCCUCAACCUUCGCGUUUGUUUGUAACAUUUUUGCAAAACGUGCGUUUUUUCUUCGUUUAUCAACUAGUGUAAAUAUCGAGCGUGCGCGUGAGACUGUGUGAUGGAAGUCGAGUGAGAGAAAUAAAAAAAAGAGAUGAACAGGAUCAGGAUUUAAGCAAAUGAACCCACAGUUAACGUACUUUCCAUUCACUCAAACUUUGUCGAACACCAGCGUCCAGCGGAAGUUGGGCGAUGGCUAACACUCAAACACACACACACACAACCACACAUUCGUUGGGCUGAAGUGAAGAGAUCACAACAACAAUUAUGGAGGUAAAACAAAUAGAGAGAAACAGGUGGAAAAAAUUAAAA